AUGAGCACCACAACUCCUCCAUCGCAACGGCGACAAACCAAGCUGCCUUUGGGAUUGCAGCCGUAUCACAUCACCUUUGCUCUCUAUCUCAGCACGAUCGUCAUUCUGGGUACAGCAUAUAGCGUUCUGUAUGGCACACAUCUUCAAAACGUACGCAUUUCUUCAGGCGCUAUCAGUACUGUGGAUUCGCAGUUCCCUUCCACCCUUCCAGGCGCCACAGUAGCCCCCGUUCAGAAUCGCGUCGAGGGCAACACAAAUCUCGGCCCGAUCCCACCCACGAUCCUGCUUCUGCCUCAUCAUGCUCUCAACUAUUGGGCAAACCGCAAGAACAUUGUCAAUCAGAUCUUUGUUAAGAAUGCUUGGCUCUGGACGACCCUCGCUUGGGCUCUGCAGCUCUUCUUUCUUAGACUCGCACCAGCUUCCACAACGCCCACCUCCACCUCAGCUAGGCCCCGCACCUCAGCCGCAGUAGCAAGCCAAAACACCAUCAACAACAAGAAAGACGAGGAUGCAAUCUCCCAGGCAGCUCAGCAAGCAACGAUCACUAGCCCUCUGUCCAUUUCGGUGCUGCGCUAUGCUAUCGCUACAGGCAUUUGGCUUCUCUUUGCCGACUGGUUCUUCGGCCCUCCCCUCUCUGAGCGCAUCCUCACUGCCACUGGUGCAGUCUGCGUGCCCAGUGGCGAUCCACAAUCCUCUCCUGUCGAAGAGCUCUACUGCCGCACUCGAACUCCUCUCUCCUCCUCCACCCACCCUGCGCUCUUCUCCUCUUCUUCGUUGAGAUCCAAGAGCAUCCAAGCAAUCUGGAAAGGCGGGCACGACAUCUCGGGUCACACCUUUAUCAUGGUUCUUUCCGCCUUACUGCUUUUAGAAGACAUUGCUCCUUAUCUUGCCGCUCUUCUCGGUCCCGAUUCGCCCAUCGUCAAGUCGCUGUUGCCCCAGCGAACAUGGUUGCAAGCAGCAGCGAGGACAAAUUGGACUCCAGCAGCAAAGGGUGCUGUUGCCGCGACGCUGGGUCUGGUGGGACUGUGGAGCUGGAUGCUGCUGAACACUGCAAUCUAUUUCCACACGCCGCAGGAGAAGGUUUCGGGCCUGUUUGUCGGUCUUGCUGCUUGGCUUUUGCUUCCGAAAGGCAAUUGA